AAGUGAGGUUAUGUUUUUCUCUGACGUCUUGUUUUUUAUCAUCCCGUGGAAAAAGUGUUUUCGGGGCGAUUUUUCAGGUGAAAAUAUUGCAUAAGUGUUCCCUCGCGAUGAUUCCCUUCGAGUGGCGUGAGUGAAGUGUGCGUGCGUGCGGCUACAGUGGCGUGGAAGGCCAGUCAGCAACGUCCGGCGGGCGUCCACGAGUGACCUAUGAGAUCUUCCGUGAGCUACAUGCUGUCGCAGGGGUCUGGUGAGCCGAUCAUGUCGCAUCCGGACUACGAGCAGAACGCCCACCAUCACGGGGCGCUGCUGGUGCUCGUGCGUGGCAUCGGGCCCGCCAAGCCGCGCUCCCUCCAGAAGGUCUUCGAGCGCAUACAGCGCGUGCAGACAAUGCGCAUCCCGGACUCGGCCGGGCUCCCGCGAGACAUCUGGGUGCGCUACAUUCGCGACCAUCCCGUGGAGAACAACGACUGGGGCGACUUCCAGACGCACCGUCGCCUCCUCGGGCUCGUCACCGUGGGCAAGUUCGACACGCAGACGGAGCUGAACGAGCUCUGUCGCAUUCACGAGUCGCUCAAGGUCAAGUACACGUCCACGCUGUACGACUCGCGGUGCCUCCUGUUCGGCCCCACGGUGGCGCCGCCGGCCGAAGUGAUUCCGGAGGGCGACGGCGAGCCGGUGGACGACGAGGUGAGCGCCAACGGCAAGGCCAGCGGGAGUCCCAUGACGAGCAAGAAGCUGCAGGAUCUGUUCACGCCGCCGCCCAACUUCAAGAGCCGCGCCUUCUUCUACCCGGAGAACGACGUGUGCGCCAACCUGGAGUCCGCCAUGGCGGAGUUCAUCUCGGCGCUGUUCUGGGUGCUGGAGUCGAAGCGGCUGGAGCGCUCGCGGGAGAAGAUCGACAAGGUGGCUCUGCUGCUGGCGCCCUUCGAGAAGCGAGACUUCGUGGGCCUCGAUCUCGAGUCGCGGAACAAUCGGAAGCGCUGCAUGGGGCGCGUGACGAAGAAUCUGGCCGACCUGACGCUCCAGGCGGGCUUGGUGGCGGAAUCCCUAACGCUGUUUCACGCCGCCAGCGAGACUCUGCGUGCCAUAAGUGAUUCACUGUGGCUCGGGGCGGCCAAUGAGGGCUUGUGCGCCGCGUCGGCGAUUCUGCUGUAUCCCCACAUGCGCCAGCCGCAGCCACUCCAACGAAAUGCUAGUCUGCAGGAGGCCGGAUCGCCACAGCGUCGCGUGGCGUCCAAGUCGUCGUCGGCGGCCAAGAAGGCGGCCGGUAUUGUGCAAUCGAACGCGGAGGCGGACAGUGGAGUGGUGAAGUCCACCUGCUCCUCACUGUCGUCCUCCUCGUCAGAGUCAUCCACGUCAUCCCUGACGUCCAGCAUCUCACCGGGCGUGACCACGGGCAGCUCGUCGAGUGUGUCGAGCAUUGUGGCGCCGCCUGGGUCCAUGGAGGAUUCCCCGGUGGCCCCCUUUCCGCCCAACAUCCUCUCGCCCGAGGACAUCACCGCCAGGUAUCGGGAUGCAAUCAUCAACUACAGCAAGUAUCGCCACGCGGGCAUCAUUGAGACGGAGGCGGCGCUGAAAGCGGCCCGGAUUUGCAUUGAGCAGGGCCAGAAUCUCGAUGUCUCCAUGUUCCUGCAGAAUGUGCUGUAUAUAAAUCUGAACAUGAGCGAGCAGGAGCGCGUGCAGCGCUUCGAGACGCUCACGGGAUUGUACGAGAAGAUUGGCUAUCACAGGAAGGCGUCCUUCUGCCAGCGCCUGGCCGCCUGGCGUCACGUGGCUGCAAGCAAUGCCAAUCCGGACUUUGCAGCCAGCUACAGACUCAUGCUGGACAGCUUUCCGGGACACAAGAUGUCUCUGGAUCCGCUGGAAAUGCUCAGUCAGGACUCCGGAUGGAAGUGUCUGCAGGUGGAUCUGCUGCAGCAACUCGUGAUGGCGGCCAAGAAGAUGGACAAUGCAGCUGUGGCUGUUCGUCAUCUCACGUACAUGAUUCAGACAAUGUGGCCCAGCUUGAGUCCUGCGGAGCAAAACGAAGUGGCCACGCAUCUGCAGAAUCUGGCGGCGCAGUGCGAAGGAGCGCCAGUUCCGCUGGUGCUGGACUCUGGCAGAGUCUUGCCACCAGCCAAUCUCACGGAUCUGCCCUUCUGCUGCCAGUUGCAAGUGCGAGAACUCCCGCCGGCGCUCAGGCCGCACAAGAUUGCCACGAAUAAGGUGGAUUCUGGCCCAUUUCUCUUCACGCCCAUUCACUUCACCUCAGCCACUGGGGGUGGUCAGCACAGGGGCAGCGCAGGCGGCGGAUCUGGUGGGUCUGGGAGUGCAUCCGCUCAGCCAGUUCAGUGGGUGCAGCACGAUGUGGGCGAGGUGGCGCUGAAGCUGAAGAAUCCUCUGCCCGGUGAGCUUCACGUGUGCGAUAUGCGUCUCCUCAGCACGGGAGUUGUGCUGGAGUCACGUCCUCAGACCAUCUCUCUCGUGGCCAGUCCAGUGGCCACAUCUGUGACGCUCCAGGGGACGCCUCUGGAGGUGGGAACGCUGGAGAUUCUGGGCUACAGCACUCACACGCUGGGCGUGAAGAGCAAUUGUCGCUUGCGCGACAUGCAACGGAGUCGACAGCACUUGCCGACGUCGGUGAAUGUGGAAGUGAUUCCGGCCCUGCCGACGCUCUCUGUGACCACAUCGCUGGCGGAGAAGGGCAUGACGCUGUACAAUGGUGAGGAGGCGGAGAUUAUUGUGACGCUGACGAACACGGGAUCUGUGCCGAUUGAAUUCCUCGAGGGUGCCAUUCACUCUCAGCUCGAUUUGGCCGCUCAGGCGAGGAUUUUCCACUGGGUGACGCCCGAAGAGAUGAAUCAGGCUCUGCCCAUUGCUCCUCAGGCCAGUGCCACAUUUACGCUGCGCAUCUUUGGCGAUGCUGACUUUCUGGGUCCUGUGAAUUUGUCUCUCUUGUCCGCCGGCGUGGGCUUGUCGCCGCCACAAGUGGUGCACGAGGGGCCACAGAGUCUCAGUGUGGGAUCGACGAGUCUCAUGACAGUCACGUCCGGACCCAGCAAUCACAGUCGCGUGAGUUCACCCACGCACAGGCGCAACACGGAGCUCACAUCGAGCUUCCGCAGCACACACUCAGGACAUUCCUCCCUGGCCACCGUGAGUCUCAACACGGCGACCAUGGGAACUGCCGCGAGACACAUGGAGGCGCAACUGAGACUGAGAUUCUCCGGCGGAGCUGGCUAUCAGGAGGGAUUCUGUCGUCAAGUGUCGGCUUCUCUGCCGUUGGAACUCCUUCCCAGUGCGCACAUCACGAAUUGGGAUGUGCUGCCGGCGGAGACGCCGUCGCAGUUCUAUCUGGUGCUGGACGUGGUGAAUGUGACGGGCCAGGAAAUGGCGUUGCAGUACACAGAGCAGAAGAACAUUGUCAUCGAGGCAAAGGAGAGCUGCCGGAUUCCCGUGCCUGUGGAGCGGUGUCCGCUGGAGAAGAUUCAGGGUGGGAUGAUCAGUGAAUCGAUCAGUGUGCUGAGUGGUCACGAGGCGGAUCAGAUUGAGAAGAUCUGCUCGGGACACAUUGCUGAUCAGGUGAAUCUGCGCUGGAGUUUGGUGGGGACAGAGACGAAAGGUCUGGCAUCGCUCAAGGGCAUCACUCUCUCACCGGUGAUGCUGGAUCUGGUCACUGUGGCUCCUCUGCAGUGGGAGAUCACGAUUGAUCGGGAGAAGGUGAGCAGCACAGCUGAGAUCUCCAAGAUGACUGGCGAGUGUGUGACUCUGGGCGUGUCGAUAAUUAAUCUGUCGCCACAACCACUUCAUCGGCUCAUUAUCUCCAUCCAGUUCUACCAGGACUAUCAGAAUGGGAUGCACAACUAUCGUCUCGAGACGCGCAUCAUUAUGUCAGGAACCAAUGAAAUACUCAUACCCUUCCUGGGGCGCAGCGAGAGAGCCUCCCACGAAUGCUCAGUGAUAUUUUUUACUCCGGGACGCUUCAAGGCGGACAUUCAGUGCAGCGCCCAGAACUCCCACAUGGUCUCUAUCUCUAGCCACGCGGCCGAAUCCACGUCCAGCGGCGGAGGCGCCUCUUCUGUGGUCACGGGCCCCACGUCCAUGAGCGGACACAGACACGCGGACGCUCACAUCUGGCGCUUCACGCCGCCCAUUGAGGUCACAGUGGUGGAGUGAGGCGCCCCACUCACCCUUCCAUCAAUACUUGAAAUGCUAUGGUUAUUUUUGUUAUCUGGAUUGAGAAUGAUGAAUAAGGAAAGAGGUGGCAAUGCAAUUGAGACUGUUUUUCAUUUGGCGCUGAAAGCGGAGCUUGCGGGAACCAUCGAGAGAAGGCGCGCAUUGUCAAAAUGGGUUUGUAUGGUUUGAAAUUUUCACUGGCUAAAGCGAAAUUUACUUCACUGGAAAAUGUUCAAAAAACAUCUUGUAAAAUCCGCAACACA